GUCACGGAGGCGCUUGCGCCAUCUAGUGUUUUCCUUGUUUGUACCUGCGAGGAAUGGCACUAUGAGCCAGUCCGCACGGAAUUUUGUGGCUCAAAUUCUAAGUAAUGAGGAGCUAAUUAACACCUUGGCAAAUGCAUGUUCUGGCCAACCUAAUAUUUGUACUAGUGUACCGCAUCGUACUACUGAUGAAGAAAUUUAUUCACUUUUUCAUCGUGGAAGACCAAAUGCAGUGAACCUCUCCGGUCAGAUAACCCCUGGCUAUCCAGCUAACGUUAUGGAGAACGUGCCUUCCACAUCACAGGAGUGCCCCACAACAGGUCCCAUCUACAAUCUUAGACCUUUUACUCGAAAGGGCCCAAGGCAGAAGAGGUUUCCAGCACAACUAAGCAGGUCACAUUCUGUGGCUCAGUCUUUCACCAAAGAAGUGAUUCUCUUGCCAGACCAUCUAACUACACAUGUGCCAAGGCGUAACAAAAAAGCUUGGCUUUUUGAAAAUGGACAUAUAAAAUCUGCACUGGAGUUUAGCUGUGACUGGGACUCAGACAAAGUAAUGCAGGCAAUAAGGACUGCCUUCCAGCCAGUUGUUGAAGGAUGCAGGCUACAGAUUUUGCUGGCAUGCCACACCAAACUAGUUGAGCCAUCACUGACUUCCAAACAGACUUUGAAUGGAGACCUUGUGAAAAAACUGUUUCAUCAGAAGUCAAUUUAUGUCAGACCUGACAAGGUCAUCUUAUGUGAGGACAAUGAAUCAACAUAUUCUGAUGGAGAGAGUAGCCAUACAAGCAGGCAGGAUUUCACAGAAACGUUGAAUUCUGACAAAUGCGUUGAAAUUUCUAAAGAAGUUCCCUCAGCCAUUCCCAUUGUUAACGCACAGUCCAUGUCUGUUGAUGAUGAGGUCAUCUGGUGCGUUGCUACCCAAGAUGUUUGUACUGUUGAAUCUUCCAUCUCUGCUGACACCCUCACAAUGUCCACCAAUCCUGCUGUCGUUGCUACUGAUGAGGAUGAGCCUUACUCCAGUGGAACAUCUGCCUUUGUCAGUGACAACACACCUGGCGUAUCAGUGGGUUCUUCUGCCAGUGUUACUGGUGACACACGUGUCUUCUCUAGUAACACCUCCAGUUUGUCCAAUGGACCUACCCAGCCAAGUUUAUCCAGCACAUCCUACAGUACAUAUCUUGGCCUGUUUGAGGAAGAAUACCUGUCAGAUGACCCCGACCUCCAAGAAGCCAUUUCAAGGUCUUUAGACUCAAGUGCAAGUGAAAGUGACGUCCAGAGCUUAGAGAGAAUCUUGGAGCAGAUUGUUACUAGAGUAAAUAAUGACAGCACUGUACGCUUCAACAUCAUAAGGCGAAAUGUGUGGGAUGGAGCAUCCAGAGCCAUGGGCAGAUCCAAUUUUUCACCAGAGAAAAAAAUAGAUGUGAAGUUUACUGAUGACUAUGGAAUAUCUGAGGGUGCUGUUGACAAUGGAGGACCUACUCGGGAGUUCUUCCGACUUUGCCUCUGUGAAGUCAAGGACAAACUUGGCAUCUUUGAAGGUCCACCCAAUGCUAAAGUUCUUACGUGCAAUUCUAAAGCAAUGAAAGAUAAUGGAUACUACUAUGCUGGCCAGAUCAUGGCAAUGUCAAUUGCCCACGGGGGACAGAGUCCAUGUUUCUUGUCUGAACUCUUCUAUGAGUGUCUUCAAAAGGGUCCAGACAAUGUAAAAGUCAGCACUGAUCAUAUUACUGAUGAGGAAACAAGGUCACAAGUGCAGUCGAUCAUACAGGCCGAGAAUGAUCUACAGCUGCAAGAUGCAGUUGCACAGGCAGCCAACUUGAUCAGUCUUGCUGGUCACAAUGUUUGCAUAACACUUCAAAACAAACAAGAAACUGCUUUGGAUCUGGCUCACUGGUAUGUCCUUCAACGGACCCGUGCACCUUUUGAAAGGUUCAGAGAUGGCUUGAGGUCUCUAGGUGUCCUAGAUGCUCUACAGACAUACCCUCUUCAGAUGAAGUGCCUUUUCGUGAAAGCUGGAAUGGCUCUCAGAGCAACUGAUAUGGAGAAUCUAUUCCAGAUCAUUCACUCCGAACGAGGGAGUAAUGCAUUUCAAGAUGAGUGCCGGACCCUGGCUUUCUGGCAAGACUAUCUUCAGGAGGCAGAAUUUGAAAAUGAUGUCUCUUUGGAAGAUAUUCUUGUUUUCUGCACUGGAUGUGACAGCAUACCAGCCCUGGGUUUUUCUCCAAAGCCAAGCCUUGAGUUCGUCACUAACUGCAGAUUUCCAGUGCCCAAUACUUGUGAAAAUAUCCUUCGUAUACCAGUUCAUGCAGUAAGAACACAAGCCACAAGUGACUCUGAGGAAGAGGGGGAUUCAGAUGAAGAGGACGGAUCUGAUGGCAUACCAUACAACCUUGAGGUCUACAUUGGGAGAGUCAACCAACCUCAUGAGCUGCCAGAUGUUGGAGCUAGUGGAAAUGUCAUCCUUCGACUGGCCCAGCCAAUCCCCAAGGAAGAGAACUACAAAUUACCUGGGGUCAACCUGAAGAGCGAUGCUGAUCUGAAGAGAGCAGGACGUGGGGCAUUCGAAGAGAAGAUAGCCAUGGUGAGAGAAACCACCUUGCAUGUUGUCAAGUGGUAUGACAACCGCUCUGUGACCCUUCUGAGUGACCACAUUGGAGCCAACCCUGUGACCGAAGUUGAAAGGUGGGAUCGCAAACAGAAGAAACACAUCACUGUCCAGUGCCCUGCUGUGGUGCAAGAAUAUAACAAGAACAUGGGUGGGGUGGACCUGCUUGACUCACUGAUUGCACUAUACCGCAACAAAGUUAGAUCCAAGAAAUGGUACCACCGGCUGGUGUUCCACUUCCUGGACAUGAUCACUAGGGCCUCUGCAUGCGUGGAAAAAAACCUGGAGAAGAAGAGAGGUCGUCCCAGCCAGUCCAUUGCUGGCACAUAUGAGGAGAAGAGGAAGAAAGGACGGACAGCUCCCAUUCCAGUCAAAGAUGUCCACCUGGAUCAAACAGCCCACUGGCUGAUCAUGACUGGGGACAAGGGACGAUGCAGGGUGCCAGGGUGCAAUGGUACACCAAAAGCAAUGUGCCGCAAAUGCAAUGUGCACCUCUGCUUCACCCCCGACCACAACUACUUCCUGAGGUUCCACACGGAAUGA